CUUCUGUGGUUGUUGCUCCUCUAAACCCGUUUGGACCCAACACCUGUUCGUCCCAACCGUCAGCUCUCACCAUGGCCGAGGGCGCUCGCCCUGAGGAUUACUGCGACGAGCCAGCAGAGGACGAGUUUGGAGAGAUCAUCAAGAGUCGCUCAGAUGAAAGAGAAGAUGUUCAAAAGAAAACUUUCACCAAAUGGGUCAACUCACAGCUGGCUAAGACAGGAAAAGCUCCAGUAGAAGACUUGUUCUCAGAGCUGUGUGAUGGACGACUGCUGCUGGAACUGCUGGAGGAGCUGACAGGACAUCAGCUGGUGAAGUUGGAGAAAGGAGUCACACGUGUCCACUCACUGAACAAUGUCAACCGAGCGCUGCACAUCCUGCAGAAGAACAAUGUUGAUCUGGUAAACAUUGGAGCGGCUGACAUCGUUGAUGGAAACCACAAACUGAUUCUUGGGCUCAUCUGGAGCAUUAUAGUUCACUGGCAGGUGAAGGAUGUGAUGAAGGACGUGAUGGCAGGCCUACAGCAGACCAACAGUGAGAAGAUUCUGCUGAGCUGGGUCCGACAGAGCACCCGGCAGUACCCUCAGGUCAAUGUGGUGAACUUUUCCAGCAGUUGGAAUGAUGGGUUAGCGUUCAGCGCCCUGAUCCACAGCCACAGACCAGAGCUGAUCGACUGGAGCUCGGUGGAGGCGGAGUCUGCUGUGGAAAGGUUGGAGAAUGCCUUCAGUAAAGCUGAGCAGCACCUGGGGAUCGAGAGGCUGCUGGACCCAGAAGACGUGGCGGUGCCGAGCCCUGACAAGAAGAGCAUCAUCAUGUACGUGACCUCCCUCUUCCGAGUGUUUCCUCAGAGCGUCUCCAUGGAGGCCAUUCAGGAGGUGGAGAAACUGUCUCCAGCGUCCACCGGCGCCGGCCGAGUGGAGAUGGAGGAGCAUUACCAAGUCCAGACCCAGCAGCGCUUCUCCCAGCAGAUCACGGUGAGUGUGGCUCAGGGCCGGGUCCGGAGCCCCUCGUCUCAGCCUCGCUAUAAAAGCCACGCCUACACCCAGGCUGCGUAUGUCACGUCGCCCGAGCAAAAGAGGAGGCGGUUUGCUGACCAGUUUCUGAGUCCCAGUCAAGAGGAUCUCCAGCGAGGUCUCAGUCCUCUUCCUCCAGGAUCCACCAGUUUGGAGAGCUACCAGGCGUCCCUGGAGGAGGUCUUAACGUGGCUGCUGUCUGCUGAGGACGGUCUGCAGGCGCAGCCCCCCAUCUCCAACCAUGUGGAGGAGGUCAAGGAGCAGUUUCACAUGCAUGAGGGCUUCAUGGUGGAGCUGACCACACACCAGGGCAGCGUGGGCCGGGUUCUGCGGGCCGGAGCCGCCCUGCUGAGGGAGGGGCACCUGAGCGAGGAGGAGGAGUCUGAGGUCCGGGAGCAGAUGAACCUGCUGAACUCUCGCUGGGAGCACCUGAGGGUGGCCAGCAUGGAGAGGCAGAGCAGACUCCACGAGGUUCUGAUGGACCUCCAGCACCAGCAGCUGCAGCAGCUCACAGACUGGCUGGACAACACGGAGGCCCGCAUCAAGAGGAUCGGUUCCCAGCCUCUGGGUCCAGACCUGGAGGACGUCAAGCACCAGGUGGAGGAGCACAAGCUGCUGCAAGAGGACCUGGAGCUGGAACAGGUCCGAGUCAACUCUCUGACACACAUGGUGGUGGUGGUGGAGGAGAGCAGUGGAGACAGCACCACCGCCGCCCUGGAGAGCAGACUCCAGGUUCUCGGUGACCGCUGGGCGUCCAUCUGCAGGUGGACUGAAGAACGCUGGAUCCUGCUGCAGGAAAUCCUGCUGAAGUGGCAGCAUUUCACCAAUGAGCAGAGUUUGUUUGACUCCUGGCUGACGCAGAAGGAGGAGCUUCUGGCCUCCAUCCGGACCUCCAAAGGGAAGGAGGCAGACCCCAGCGCUUUGCUUCACCGCCUCACUAUGCUGAAAGCGGAGCUGGAGGCGAAGCAUCCUACCAUGGACCGGCUCUGCUCCAUGAGCCAGGAUCUCCUGUCCAGCGUCAAGAACAAAGACGUGGCCAACAAACUGGAGGCCAGACUGGACACCUUCGCCCAACGCUGGGAUGAGCUGGUCCAAGGUCUGGACCUCAACAUCUCCCAGUUGUCGUCCUCCAGGAAGUCCGAGCUGACCCACUCGGUCACCGCCACCGUUACCAAGGUCAUCACCAGGGAGAAGGUGUCGGCUCUGCGGCAGGCUCGAGAGUCGCCGCCGCCGCAGAAGAAGAGGCAGGUGGUUGUGGACUCGGAGCUGAGGAAGAGGUUUGACGUGGACUUCACUGAGGUGCACAGCUACAUGACCCGAGGCGAGGCCAUCCUGCAGAGUCCAGAGUUCUCCAUGUCCCGGAAGGACGGCAGCAUCCAGGAGCUGUUUGACAAAGUUCAGGCCAUAGAGCGCGAGCGGCCUGAGAAGUACAGGAAGCUGCAGGAGGCCACGCGCACGGCACAGACGCUGGUCGAGCAAGAGGGCAGUCGGGCUGAUGACAUCGCUCAGGCGGCGGAUCAGCUGAACCAGCGCUGGCUCGGGUUCUGUGGGCUGCUGGCAGACAGGCUGGCCUGGCUGGCCUACCAGACCAAGGUCCUGGCCUUCUACAGCCUGUUCCAGCAGUGUGAGCAGGCGGUGGACAGCAGUGAGAACUGGCUGAAGGUCCAGGCCCCCCCAGCAUCAGAACCAGAACCUCUCAGAGUGCAGCUGGACCGCUGUCGGCUCUAUGCUGAGGAGAUCUCUCGCCUGUCCUCACUGCAGCUGCAGGUGGAGCUCCUGGAGCAACGUUUGAAGGAGCUGAAGGAGGAGAAGGAGGGAGAGGAGGACUCCUCCACCUUCCUGGAUGCUGACAUCCACGCCUUCAAGGAGCACUACCUUAAGGUCCUGGAGGACCUGCGGGCCCGAGAGAGGCAGCUGCAGCUGGUUCUGGAGAGUCUCCCUCCUGCUCGCUACAAGGACACCAUCUCCACUCUGUUGGCAUGGAUACAGCAGUGCGAGGCCAAGAUGGCCGUCCCCUCCACAGCAGUGACCGACUACCCCGUCAUGGAGCAGAGGCUGGCGGAUGUUCAGGCGCUCCAGGUGGCUCUGGCUGAACACCAGGAGGAGGUGGACUACCUGACCUCCACGGUUGAACAAGUUUUCCAGAAAGCUCCUCCAGACAUUUGUCAGAAGUAUCGAGCAGAGAUGGACGCCGUUUUAGCUCGCUGGCGGCGCCUGGGCUCCACCCUCACCAGCAACGCAGAGCGAAUCCAGGAGCUCAUGGCCAAGCUGAUGCAGUUCCAGAACGACGUGAAGUCCUUGAAGAAGUGGAUGGCGGACGUGGACGUGUUUCUGAACGAGGAGUGGCCCGCCCUGGGAGACUCUGAGGCUCUGGAGAAGCAGCUGGAGCAGUGCACGGCUCUGGUCAACGACAUCCACACCAUCCAGCCAAGCCUCAACGGCAUCAACGAAGUGGGGCUCUACCUCAAGAAGGAGGCGGAGCCUCCGUUUGCCAUCCACAUCCAGAAGGAGCUGGACGACCUCAACGGCCAGUGGGAGAUUGUCUGCAAACAGGCCUACGCCAAGAAGUCGGCUCUGAAAGGGGGGCUGGACAAGACCAUGGCCCUGAGGAAGGAGAUGCAGGAGAUGCAGGAGUGGAUCAACCAGGCUGAGGAGGACUACCUGGAGAGAGACUUCACCUACAAGACUCCUGAGGAGCUCAGCAAAGCUGUGGAGGAGCUGAAGAGGGCCCAGGAAGAAGUCCACUCCAAAGAACUGAAGGUCAAGCUUCUGACUGACAGCGUCAACAGCUUCAUUGGAAAGGCACCCCCCACAUCCCAUGAUGCUUUGCGCUCAGAGCUGGAGGUUCUCACAGCCAACUACCAGCGCCUGUGCAGCCGGCUGGAUGGGAAAUGUAAAACCCUGGAGGAGGUGUGGGCGUGCUGGUGUGAGCUGCUGGCGUACCUGGAGCAGGAAAACCUCUUCCUGGAUCAGCUGGAGCAGAAGCUGGACGAGACAGAAAACCUCCAUGAAGGAACUGAAGAGCUGCAGGAGGCGCUGGAAAGUCUGGAGGUUCUCCUGCAGCACCCAGAGGACAACCGGAACCAAAUCCGAGAGCUGGCCCAGACCUUGAUGGAUGGAGGGGUUCUGGAUGAACUGAUCCAGCAGAAACUGGACGCCUUCAAUUCUCGAUGGGAUGAGCUGAUGGCGAGGGCGGCGCUCCGGAGGAGCGAGCUGCAGAGCAGCCUCCAGCUGGCUCAGGAGAACGACCGGACCCUCAGACACAUCCAGGACGCUCUGGCCAACACGGACCGCCACCUGUCCUCGUACCUCGCCGACCACAUAGACGCUCAGCAGAUCCCUCAGGAGGCCCAGAAAAUCCAGAGCGAGCUGGGCAACCAUGAAGCGGCCCUGGAGGAGCUGAGGAGCAGGAACAAGGACUCCCAGAGGAUUAUGGGAGAGAUCCAGCUGACCCAGAAACUGCUGGCAGACGUCUGGACCAAGUUCCGGUUCUUCCAGAAGCCGGUGAACUUUGACAGCCGCUUGGCCGAAUGCGAGCGUGUGCUGGCCGGGGUCAAGGGUCAGGUGGGGCUGCUGGGCAUUCGCAGUGUGGAGCAAGACGUGGUGCAAUCGCAGCUGGAGCAGUGCAUGAAACUGUACAAGCUGCUGAGCGAGGUGAAGGCCGAGGUGGAGACGGUGAUCAAGACCGGCCGGCAGAUCGUCCAGAAGCAGCAGACCGAGCAGCCCAAAGAGCUGGACGACAGAGUGACGGCCCUCAAACUGCUCUACAACCAGCUGGGGGCUCAGGUCACCGAGAGCAAGCUGGAACUGGAGAAGAGCCUCAAGCUGUCCAAGAAGCUUCGCAAGGAGUUGACUGCGCUGACUGAGUGGCUGGCUGCCACCGACGCCGAGCUGACCAGGCGCUCCGCCGUGGACGGCAUGCCCAGUGAUCUGGAGGCAGAGGUGGCCUGGGCGCAGUCCAUCCACGGAGAGACGGAGAAGCGGCAGCCGCAACUACAGGCCGUGGUGGAGCUGGCGGAGGCGCUGAAGGCGGUGCUGCGCGAUCACGCCGGCUUAGUGGACGACAAAGUCAGCCUGCUGCACUGCAACUGGAUCGCAGUGACGUCCAGAGCCGAGGAGUGGCUAAACCUUCUGCUGGACUACCAGCGGCAGAUGCACAAACUGGACGGAGAGAUCAAGGAAGUGAACGAGUGGAUGGACGGAGCCGAGAGGAAGAUGGAUGAGAUUGAGAGUCAAGGACCCAACGACGGCGUACUGAAGGUGCUGCGAGCUGAGCUGCUGCUGAACACGACCAGGGUGGAGGAGGUGGGGGCCCUGGCUCAGGAGCUCAUGUCCACGCGGGGGGAGAACUGCCAGGUCCAGGUGGGGCCCCGGGUGGAGCAGCUGCAGCACAGGUUCAGCGCUGUGUCCCAGCGGAUCGCCGCUGCGCCGACGGCGGCCUCCGCCCAGGAGCUGCAGCAGUUCCACCACGACGCCCAAGUGUGGCUACAACUACUGGAGGAGGAGGCCAACCAGGGGGAGAACCUGAAGGAAGAGGACUUCCAGGAAGACAAGGACUGUGAGGAGGCGGCAGUCAAAGAGCUCCUGCUGAGAGGAGAGAGCCUGCAGAGGAGAGCUCCAGAUGUAGACAAACGCGAGCAAGUCCGGCUGAAGCACCGCCUGCUGGACAGCAAGUACAACGCCGUCAAGGACCUGCGCGUCCUGAGGAACAAGAAGGCCUUGGCCAUCGCCCCGCAGUGGUACCAGUACAGGAGAAAGUCACAUGACCUGCUGGCCUGGCUGGAGGAGAUCCAGCGCACUGUGGACCAGCUGCCUGACCCCCCCGAGGGGGAGCGGGUCAAGGAAAUUGUCUCAGAGUUGGACGUGAAGAGGGAGGAGCUUAAGGCGGUGCAGGACUUAGCCAAUCAGCUGUCAGAGGCCGGAGCUGCCGGCCUGGUGGAGCCUCGCCAGCGGCAGCUGAACACUCGCUGGCAGGAAGUGGAGGGUGCCAUCGGUCCCUUCAGAAGACGAAGUGACCACGUCUCAGACCUGCAGACUCUGCUCCGGUCGCUGUCAGAGACGGACUUCCAGCUGAACUCUCCUGAGUUCUGGCCGGCGGCCUUUUAUAAACUGGGUCAGCAGGAUCAGAUCCUGAAGGAGGUCGGGGACAGCAUCUCCGUUCUCCGGGGACCAGUGGAGGCAGCGCUGGCCCGUACGGAAGAGGUGGUGGCGGGGGCCCGGCCUCUGGAGGCUCAGAGGAUUCGAGAGAUGUCGGGCCUCCUGAGCAGCAACUGGGACAAAGUCCUUAAGCAGCACCAGGACCGAGUCCGGCGCUGGCAGGAGUGCAACUUCAAGUGGCAGAAGUUUGUGUCAGACCAGCAGGCCAUGGAGGCGUGGCUUGCUGAUGCAAAGGCCGCUCUGGAGCUGGCGGAGACGCAGCCAGAAGCUCAGAGGCAGAAACUCCGGGUGCUGACGGAGGCCCUGCCCCUCCAGGAGAGAGUGAUAUUCAGAAUCAACUCAGCAGGUGAGGAGAUCUGCCACCUGAGUACCCCCGAGGACGCUCUGCAGCUUAGAACGCAGCUGAAGCUGCUGAACAACAGCUGGACCGCCAUCGUCCAGCAGCUCCAGGAGCACCGCAGGAGCCUGCCCGGCUUCAGCAGGUCUGCAGAGGCUCGAACUGCAGCUGCACAGCUGCAGGAGGACAUGGGUUCUAUGUCUGGCUGGUUGGACCAAGCUGAAGCGGUUCUGAAGAUCCCCCUCCAGCCUGCAGAACCCCAGCACAUCAGAGACACGCUGGACAAAGUCCAGACACAUGUAGAACAACUUCCUGAGAAAGAAGCAACCAUGAAUGAUCUGAACUCCAGGCAGAUGCUGGUCUCUGUUCCUGCCGAGAAGCUCAGAGACAUCAAGAUGAUCAACACACGCUGGUCUCAGGUGUCCAGGGCUCUCCCUGAACGUCAGCUGGAGAUCGAGGCUCUGCUCAGAGAACUUUUGAAGCUGCGCGGCUCUCUGGAUGAUCUGUCUGGCUGGGCAUCGAACACCCGGGCUAGGCUGGAGCAGAGUCCAGAAGAACCCCCGCCCAGGGUGAUGGAGGAAGUGCAGGUGAGGCAGCCAGAAGUGGAUUCAGUUCUGGAAAAAGCGGAGCGGAUCUUUAAGGAGGUUCCAGAUGCUCAGACAGAAAAGCUAAAGUACAUGAAGCUGAGAGAAGACUGGACGGUGAUCCUGGAGCUGCUGCAUCAGCACAGACAGAAGAUGGCCGCUCAGCUACAAGCUAAAACAGCCCAUGAAGGUCUGACCGGCAGUUCCCAGCCGGAGUCUGCAGCUCUGGCUCAGUUCAACAAGUCGUGGGCGGAGCUUACAGACUGGCUGACCAUGCUGGAUAACAUGGUGCAGAACAAACAGGUGGUGGUGGCCGACCUGGAGGAUAUCCACGACAACAUCUCCCAGCUGAAGGCAUCUUUGCAAGAGCUGGAGCAGCAGCGCCCCCUGCUGGAGAAACAGGUCACUGCAGCACAAAACCUGAAGAACAAAAUCAACAACCCAGACACGCGUACUGCCAUCACUGAGCGCAUCGACAGACUCCAGACUCACUGGGAAGACUCUCAGACCAAACUGUCAGACCGGACGAAGCAGCUCCUCAACAUGCUGCAGGACUCCACCAACUGGCUGGACCACAGGAAGGAGGUGGACCGUCUCACCAAGGAGGCCAGUGAGCGUCUGGAGUCCUGGCAGGAGAUCACGUACACCGUGGACCAGCUGAGGAGGCAGCAUGCAGAUCUGAAGGUCUUCAUGAAGGACCUGAAACUGUGGCAGGAGCAGGUGACGGAGACCACGGCUCUGGCCAACAAACUGCUGACUCUAUACUCCAAUGAUGACACCCAUAAGGUCACCCAGGUCAAUGACCGCAUGAUGGCGACGUGGUCCCACAUCAACAAGCGGGUAUCAGACAGGGAGGCGGCUGUGGAGGCAGCUCUAAAGCUACUGCAACAGUUCUUCCUGGACCUGGAGAAGUUCCUGAACUGGCUGGCAGAGGCAGAGACCACCUGCAACGUUCUAGUAGACGCCACCAACAAGGAGCGCCUGCAGAAGCAGCCGGACAGCAGCAGGAAGGUGCUGGCGCAGUGGAAGGAACUGCAGGCGGAGAUCGACGGCCACACGGAGCUGUACCACUGUCUGGACGAGAACGGCCGCCGGAUUGUGUCGUCGCUGGGGGAGUCGGAGGACAAAGUUCUGCUGCAGAGACGUCUGGACAACAUGAGGCAGCGCUGGACCGACCUGAACAAUAAGACUCUGAGCAUGAGGUCCCAGCUGGACUCGGAGAUGGCUCCAUGGAGGAGGGUCCACAUGAACCUGCAGGAGCUGCUCAACUGGAUCCGACUGAGAGCUCAGCAGCUGGAGCAGGAGGCUCCAGUAGGGGGCGACGUCCCCACAGUUCAGGCACAGCUGGAAACACACAGAGGCUUCAGGAGGGAGCUCAGAGUGAGGGAGCCCGAUGUGAUCAAAGCUCUGGAUGACGUGUCCACCUUCCUGUCGGAGCUUCCUCCAGACACAUCCUGGGCGGAGUCCAGAGACAUCAGUCCAGAAGAGCGCGCUCAGAACGUGGGCAGAGUCCUGCGCAAAGAAGCCGACGACGUGAGGAGCCAGUGGGAGCUGCUCAACGGCGCCUCGGCGGACUGGCAGAGGAGGCUGGAGCUGGCUCUGGAGCAGCUGACAGAACUGCAGGAGGCGCAGGACCUCCUGGACACGCAGCUGAGGCAGGCCGAGGCGGUCCGGGAGGCCUGGGAGCCGGUCCAGGAGCUGUCCGCCGCGGCUUUGACCGAGAACAUCGACAGAGUCAAGGAGUUCCAGGAGGAAGUGGCUUUGAUCAAAGAUGAUGUCACUCAUAUGAACCAGCUGGCGUCCGCCUUUGAUCCCAUCAACAUCCAGCUGUCGCCCUCCAACCUGGAGCGAGUCGAGGAUCUGAACACUCGCUGGAGGCUCCUGCAGAUCUCCAUCAAGGAUCACCUGAAGCAGCUGACAGAUGCUCACUUCAGCCUCCAGCAGGGAUCUGUAGAGAGUCCGUUCGAGCAGGGCAUCUCUCCAAACAACGUUCCCUACUACAUCAACCAUCAAACCCAGACCACAUGCUGGGACCAUCCCAGGAUGGCGGAGCUGUACCAGUCUUUGGCCGACCUGAACAAUGUUCGAUUCUCGGCGUACCGCACAGCCAUGAAGCUGCGGCGUCUGCAGAAAGCUCUGUGCUUGGACCUGCUCAGCAUGCAGGCGGCGUGCGAGCUGUUCGAGCAGCAGGCGCUGAAGCAGAACGAGCAGCUGCUGGACGUCCCCCAGCUGGUGUCCUGUCUGAGCAGCCUGUACCAGCGGCUGGAGCAAAGCCACGCCCACCUGGUCAACGUGCCGCUGUGCGUGGACAUGUGCCUGAACUGGCUGCUGAACGUCUACGACACCGGGCGCUCCGGAAAGAUCCGGACUCUGUCCUUCAAAACGGGAAUCAUCUCUCUCUGCAAAGCUCACCUGGAGGACAAGUACCGAUUCUUGUUCCGACAGGUCGCCAGCGCCACAGGCUUCUGUGACCAGCGGCGCCUCGGCCUCCUCCUCCAUGACUCCAUCCAGAUUCCCCGCCAGCUCGGGGAGGUGGCGUCCUUUGGCGGCUCCAACAUUGAACCGUCCGUGCGCAGCUGCUUCCAGUUUGCCAACAACAAGCCGGAGCUGGACGCCGCCAUGUUCCUGGACUGGAUGCGCCUGGAGCCUCAGUCCAUGGUGUGGCUCCCCGUCCUUCACCGCGUGGCUGCAGCGGAAACAGCCAAGCAUCAGGCCAAGUGCAACAUCUGCAAGGAAUGUCCCAUCAUCGGCUUCAGGUACCGCAGCCUGAAGCACUUCAACUACGACAUUUGCCAAAGCUGCUUCUUCUCCGGCCGCGUCGCCAAGGGCCACAAGAUGCAGUACCCCAUGGUGGAGUACUGCACCCCGACCACAUCAGGAGAAGACGUCAGGGAUUUUGCCAAGGUGCUGAAGAACAAGUUCAGGACCAAACGCUACUUUGCCAAACACCCGCGCAUGGGUUACCUGCCGGUGCAGACCAUUCUGGAGGGAGACAACAUGGAGACCCCCAUAACUCUCAUCAACUUCUGGCCUGUAGACCAUGCGCCUGGGUCCUCCCCCCAGCUGUCCCACGAUGACACCCACACUCGGAUAGAGCACUACGCCAGCAGGUUGGCAGAAAUGGAGAACCGUAACGGCUCUUAUCUGAAUGACAGUGUCUCACCCAAUGAGAGCAUCGAUGACGAGCACAUGUUGAUCCAGCACUACUGCCAAUCUCUGAACCAAGGCUCUCCUCUCAGUCAGCCCCGCAGCCCCGCCCAGAUCCUCAUCUCCAUGGAAACUGAGGAGAAGGGAGAGCUGGAGAGGGUCCUCGGUGACCUGGAGCAGGAGAACAGGAAGCUGCAGGCGGAGUACGAACGCCUGAAAAAGGCUCACGACAGGAAGGGGCUGUCCCCACUGCCGUCCCCCCCUGAGAUGCUCCCCAUGUCGCCGCAGAGCACGCGGGACGCCGAGCUCAUCGCCGAGGCCAAGCUGCUGCGGCAGCACAAAGGCCGUCUGGAGGCACGAAUGCAGAUCCUGGAGGACCACAACAAGCAGCUGGAGUCACAGCUGCACCGCCUCAGGCAGCUGCUGGAGCAGACGGACUCCAAGGUGAACGGUACGGCCCUUUCCUCGCCCUCCACCUCCUCCCAGCGCUCUGACUCCUCCCUCCCCGUCCUCCGCGUGGCGGCCAGCCAGACCACCGACACCAUGGGUGACGAAGAUCUGUCCAGCCCUUCCCAGGAUGCAUCUGGUCUAGAGGAAGUGAUGGAGCAGCUCAACAAUACCUUUCCUCACAGCCAGGGAGGGAGAAGAGGACAUCAUCUGUGAUUGGUCCCAGCAUCCCCAGCCUGCUGUACGCGCCCCGUCAUGGACGCCACACGGACCGCCCCUUUGAACUCUAACCCCGCCCCCUACAUAUAGCAUGCUUUUCUAGUCAAAACAACUGGAUUGAAGAGUUUACAAAGAGAUUAUAACAUCUAUUUUUGUGAAUGAUCGUUGUUGUAACUUAGACCCGAGUAGUUUCUUAACGCGUCCUGACGUCGUUCUCUGGUUUUUAAACUUCUAUGCAACUGUAAAAAAACAAAAACAAACGAGAGGGACAGACCAGAUCGGUGGGAUCUCUUUCUAACCAGAAGCAGCCCGAGCAUUUCACACCUUUCUAUCAAAAAAUGAUUGUAAUAAUACCUUUUCUAAGAGGACGCCGUCUGACUGAUGUGUGUUUGUGUGUGACUACUGCAUAGCAACCUGGGCUGGUAGAGCCACGCCCCUUUGUUUGAACCCGCUGUCGGAGCCAAACUGGACCUGAGACUGUCGAUGUCGUGGGAACCCGACUCGUCAAAUACAGGUGUCGUCUGUGGAUAGACUCGUGUUGGUCUGAAAGACCGAUGGUGUUUCAGACGGUUUGGCUCCUACACCGGCAUCCUCGGUCUCUGCGGUACUGAUCCGGGUUUGCAGACCAGACUGACAGAACAAGCUUGAAGAACAUGUAGCCAAACCAGCCAGCCUGAACAGUAAUCUGAACUCGCACAACAAAAACAGAUCUGAACAAUUAGAUUCAAGCUGAAGAAUCCACGAACACAACCUGAAACCAGAACAACCUGAAACCAGAACAACCUGAAACCAGAACAACCACCUGAACAAUCUGACAAAAAGACCUAGAAGAACAGACCAGAACCAUUUGACUGAUCCUGACCCAUAAACAACCUGAACAACAAUCUGAACACACGAUACCAAACCAGAUCUGAACAAUUAGACCCAAUCUGAGGAAUCGAAUAACACCCACCUGAAGCGAGAAGAACCACCCGAACAAUCUGACAAAACCACCCAAAAGUACAGACUCCUACGACUGAACUCAUCCGACCUGACGCAUGAACGACCUGGAGAGUCAGAUUAGACUCCGCCCCCUCCUGGUGUGGUUGGCUGCUUUGACGUGAGUGAGGAAGCCGUGUUCAUCAGCAGCAGCAUGACCCGAUGGUUUGUGCGUGAAACAACAAACGUCUGUUCUUCACGACAUAUCAGACUCCACCAAAUGUAUGCCUUACUACUGUAUUACGAAAUGCUUUACUAUGUAUCAAUAAAGCACGCAGUUAUGUCCA